AUGUUUCUAGUUUGUACCUUGGGAUUCCUUUUUGGGAUGUGGGGCCCAUUCUCUGAAGCGUCUACACCAAGAACUGAGGUCAGGAUCAACCAGGCAGCCUUGGACUAUGUGGCACAGGUGGGGCUCAAAUCUUUCCAGGAUGCCCUGAAGAUGCAACUCACUGAUUUCCUUUAUUAUCGAAGAGGUCACCUCCAACGGAUCCCGGUCUUUAUGCUUGAGAAUGAGAUUUCCCACUUGUCCCUGAAAUUUAUACCUAAUUAUGGGAUUCACCUGUCAACUGCUGGCCAUGUGGGAAUGACCUUUUUUUUAGAGAAGAAUCUCCAGAAACUGAGAGUGGGUAUUACCACCGAGGCAGAUAUAGUCAUUUCUCAAGUUACCAUAGGAACACCGGUUCUGGGUAUUUCUCUCUGCAACACCACGAUUGGGGAAGUCAACCUUACCUACAGUGAAGAUGGGUCAAAAGAAAUAUGGAACUCUAUUCGUGGAUAUAUUAAGGCUAUCUUAUCUCAUAAGCCAUGUUCGAAGCUCUCUUUCCUGGUUGAAGGAUUGAAUGUUUAUAUGGGUACCCUGAUAGGUCUCCACGCUAUUGGCCCUGAAUCCCAGAUUAGCUAUUCUUUGACCCACCCACCCACCAUCACCAAAGACUAUAUAUCCUUGGAUAUCAAAGCCACCUUCGUCCUGUUGGGCAAGCCGAUUGUUCUCCCUCCACCUCCGUCCUCCUUCUCCCUGCCUCAACAAGUAGGCUCUAGCACUGCCAUGAUUAACUUUGGACUCUCACAAGGUCUGUUUGAUGCAAUCCUCUUCCUCAUGCAGAAGUCUGGGUCCAUUAAUUUGGACAUCACAGGCCAGUUGAACUCUAAAGACAAUCAGCUGACCACAUCAGUGCUGGGGAACCUGAUUCCUGAGGUCCUCCGCCAAUUCCCAACUUCCAUGCCCAUAGUGUUGAAGGCCCGGGUCAAUGCUGAACCUGUCGUCACAAUCCACAACAACCAAAUGUCCUUGUGGAUCUCGUACCUUUUGGACGUCUUGGCUGUCUCCUCCAACUCGGCCUUCAAGUCUCUCUUCUCUCUGGAUAUGGUUGUGGAUCUGGCGCUCAACAUUUUUGUGUCUGAAGUGAAGCUGCAGGCUGAUGCAUCUCUUCAGAAGGACAUCGAGUUCAAUGUGACCUCCUCCAAUGUGGGUGUUUUUGAUUUGUUGGAGGUGAAGGCUUUACUGACAUCUGCGGUCAAGGGACCUCUGACAAAGCACCUAAACGCUCUCUUUGGCUUGGGAGUUAUUCUUCCCACCAUUGCUAAAGUAAAUUUCAUCUCCCCUCAAGUCUUUGUGCAUGAGGGUUAUAUUGUGGUCUCCUGUGGACUUCAUUUCCAGAAUUGA